UUCGGCCGAUGUCCGCCAAAAUGGCGAAAAAACUGUCCGAGAAAAACACUUAAUUUAUGUAGGUAAUUUAGCAGGAGCUAAUUAUUUUAUUACGGCUUGUUAAGAUAACACUCUUUUGAUCAUCAUGGCCGGUUUUGAUCAGGCAGGACUUCCUGGAACGGAGUUUAUUUUACGCGGACUCAACACCGCUCAAGACUUCGAAGUUGUCAACUUCAUAGAAAACUUUCAGCAGGAAAAUAGUAUUAUGCUGCCUUCUCUGCAGCCUGCUUUGCCCUUCCUGGACCUUCAUGACGUUCAAAGAUUGCAAUUCAACAGUUAUGUGAUGGAAAACUUGCGAGAAAAAUUGCUGGAACAAGUAAAGCAUUUGGAGGUGGAAAAACUUCACAGUCUGCUUGACCAGUGCUUUCCUUUUAUCCACGUGGCUCAUCUUAGGCCUGUUGUUAUGGAAGUCAUGAAAUACCUUCCAAAAGUUCCUGAGGAAUGCCUUGAACAACUUGCAAAUGACCCUAAGCUGUACGAAGAUUGUUCAAUUGAAGUUAAAAGGCAGAUAUGGGUCAAGCACCAUGCGUUGUUUGGGGAUGCUGUUGGCCCACUUUUGAACCAAUAUGUAGAAGCAAAAUACAGUGUUCUUUUCUCCACCGAACCUUUAAAUUCACACACAUUCUUUUCAGUGCCAUCCAAAACAAGGCGGCAAAAUGCAGUUGUACAGAGCUUAGCCAAGAUGAUUGGAAAGUCUCUGGAACUGUACAAUCUUGUGUUGCAGUUCCUCAGAACACUGUUCCUAAGAACUAAAGAAGUCCAUUACUGCACUCUUAGGUCAGAGCUGCUAAUGGCAGUACAUGAUCUUGAAAUUAAAGACAUCAAGGACAUCGAUCCAUGCCAUAAAUUUACCUGGUGUUUGGAUGCUUGUAUACGGGAAAAAGUGAUUGAAGGAAAAAGGACAAAAGAAUUGCAAGGAUUUCUGGAUCAUGCCAAGCAUAGUGAAGAACAGGUUCUUGGAGAUAUUGCAAUGAUUUUGUGUGACCCAUUUGCCAUCAACACAGUGUCCAAAAGUGUUAUCAAACUCCUUCUGAGACUUGUCAACACAGAGUCCUUGCCAAAGUCCUGUCCAGAUGUGAGUUUCCUCUUACGAGUGUUAAACCUUGGUGUCAGUGCUUGGGAGAUGAUAAGUAAUCAACAUUUUACUGAAGUAGCAUUGGGUGGUGAGCUGAUUCACAAGUUUCUUCCAUUACUGAUGUCUCUGAUGGUAGACAGCAGUCUUCACUCACUGGGCAAUAAACUUGUUGACAAGGACGACACUGGUGGUGAUGUUGAGGGUCCCAUACAGUUCAUUGAUUAUUUUGUAGAGAUCACCUCAUCAAACUCGGUAGCCUUCACUCUUUCAUGGUGUUAUCUUCUCCAUGUUAUCAAGCAAAAGGACAGACAAACUUUUGUUGCGAUCUUGCCUUGGUUUGUCAACACAUGUCAAGAGCGUGCAUUAGAUGAGGUCUCCCUUCACACUCUGAUCAGCUCACUGGCUGCUUGGCAAGAUGAGUUUUCUCAACCUGAAUUUUGUGACCUGGUCUUUGACCAAUUUUUGCUACCCUUGGUGUCACACCCAAGUGUGUUACGUCACACCCUUCGGCUUUUGUGGUACGUCCUUCCGAAAGUGGACCCUCAGAAGGUGGUACAUGUUUUGACUGCAGCACAACCAUCUAGUGAGCACAACGAAGCCAUUCAUGACCUCCAUGCAACGUUAAUUGAACGUGUAGCAAGCACCAGUGCUCUGACUCCUGGCUCAUCAUCAGAAGAACAGCCUUCUUCAGCGUCAUCUCUUUCCUCGUCACACAGUCCUCUGGAGUACAUUCAGCCUGCCAGUACAUAGUCACUAAGAUGAAGAGCUCUACACUCUGACCAGAACUUUCCAUGUGUCAACUUGACAAUACAGAAAGAAUUUGGUAGAUUUUAUCACUCUACCACAACAAGCUGCUAUCAAAGCCAUUCCUGAGUGCAAGUCGCCAAAGUAAUUUAACUUGAUUUCAUGUUCAAAAACAUAAUGUACCUGCAAAGUUUAAAGUCUACAUGUAGGGUUAAAGAAAUCUACAUUUAUAAAUGAAUCAGUCAGUUUUUUAUAUUUUUUUAAUAGGAAAUGACUAGAUUAAUGAAUAGAAAAGUACAAAAUAAUUGUGCCAUGUAUUUGGCACAGCAACCUAAAGACAAGUUAUGUACUUUCAGAGACUACAAUGUAUGUAACAAGAUCUUGCUUGUGUGCCUAGGAGAUAUUUAGUAGCUACAUUACAGUGAAUUUAUAUCAUUGAGCAUAUACAUGUAUCACUUACCCAAUUGAUAUUUUUGCUAAUCUAUUUUUAGUCAAGACAAUGAACAGGAAGACCUUAUAGCUGCAUUCAGCCUCUAUGGAUAAAAAGAGCAAUAAAUCAAACAUACAGGGUUAAACUCAAAGACUUGCCUUUAUGAUAAAAAUUCCCCACCUGCUUUCAUAGUACUGAAAUACUGUUUUGAUUAAAGGGUUUCAGUCAUGGUAUUUUGGCCACAUACAAAAUUACCUUUAUAUUGAAUGAAACCAGAACAUGGUAGCUUACCAAGAUAGAAAAACAGGAAAGAGAUAAUAGCAAACCAUAAAGAAAAGGUGAUGGUUAGGGAUGGAAAAGAUUAACGCAUAUUACAAACAACAAACUUGAAACGUUUAGGCUAACCUUUUCAAGAUGCCUAAACUGUGACAUAGCUCCUUUAACUUUGCAGUUCAAUCUUUUUUAUCCCUGUCUUCAUGUUUUUUCAGGGUUGUCAAGUUAAGUGAGGAUGAGUGAAAACAUAAUUUAACUAUUGCUUCAUUGUUUUACACCAACACUAUCAAGGAUUCUUGACUUAAGGUAGUUAUCAAAAUAAACCAAACACCCUUUGAAAAAGCUAGAUCCUGACUCUACCUUGAUUAUAUUUUGUUAACUGAUAGGCCUUGUGCUAAUAUGAUUUAUAAAAAAAGACAGCCUUCAAGUUUAUUAAAUAAAUGCACUUAUUUAUUUUGUACAGUAAGGAACUUGCUAAAUUACCAGAGCAUCCAAACAGAAAUAAAUUUGAUCCAUAGUUGCUGUGUUAAACACGGUAUAUGCAAUGAAAACUAAAGUUAACAAAGCUUUCAAUAAAGUAGCAUUUGCCAUUUGAUU